AUGGCUGAUUCAUCACAACGUUUGCGCAUUGGUAUCAUUGGUGCUGGCGAAGUAACUCAAAUCAUCCAUCUUCCUACACUAUGCCAGCUCUCACAUCUUUACGAUAUCACUGCAAUCUGCGAUCUGUCCAAAAAGAAUGCAGAGCAUUGCGCCGCAAAGUACCACAUUCCUAAGGCGACCACGGAUCCAAAGGAUAUCUUCAGCAGUGCGGAUGUAGACAUCGUCUUCAUAUCCGUCUCUGAUGAGUUUCACGAGCCCUACGCCGUUGCGGCUCUGGAGGCUCAGAAGAACGUGUUCAUCGAGAAGCCCAUCACCCUGUCAAUGCAAUCCGCUCAGCGUAUAAUCGACGCUGAGAAGAAGUCCAGAGGCCGCGUAUGGGUGGGAUACAUGCGUCGCCACAGCCGCACCUUCACAGAAGCCUUCAAGCGCGAACUUGACUCCAUACCGAAGAUUCUCUAUGCCAGAUCUCGUGACUUCUCGGGACCAAACGGCAAGUUCACAUCGCAAUCAGGCACUUUCCCUGUCAAGAACACCGACUUCCCUCCCUCGGCAGGAGAAGAGCGUAACAGAAGAGUAGACGCUCUCCUCAAAGAAGCCUUUGGCAAAGAACCAACCCCAGAGCAGGUAAAGUAUGCCCGCUUCCUAGGUAGCUUGGGAAGCCACGACAUAUCUCUCAUGAGAGAAUCUCUCGGCUUCCCCGAGGAUGUCACUGCCGUUACCGUCAACGAACCUUUCUACUCCGCCAUCUUCAAAUGCCGCAACAAGUCAGGCUCAAAAGAUCCUUUCUUCGUAACCUACGAAUCGGGAAUCGAUGGUGUGCCAGAGUUUGAUGCCCACUUGGCUGUCUAUGGCGAAAACAAGCGCGUCACCAUCUUCUACGACUCGCCCUACAUCAAGACGCAAAAACCUGUCAUGGUCAAAGUCCAGGAAGUCAAUGAUGCUGGCGAAGUCCAGACAAGAGAGAUUAUCAGCACGUUUGAAGACGCAUUUGCUUCCGAGUUCCUGGAUAUGCAUGAUUGCUUGGUCAAUGGCAAGGAGAUCAAGACUAGUGCUGAGGAUGCCAUCAACGAACUCAAGUUGUAUGACUUGAUGUACGCAAAGUAUGCUGAGAGCAGCAAGUAG